CAUCAUCAGCCUUAUCACUCCGGUUCUCAACCCCUGCCAAAUUAUUUCAAACCCUAGCAUCUCUAGCAAAUCUGUUUGCAAGAAUAUUGGUCUCCCCCCCCCAACCCCCACUCCCCACUCAGGUUCAAAUGUAACCCAUCCUCUUUGUACAGGUCAUCCAAUCCCCAGAAGAGAUCCCAAUGAUCCUAGAAAUCUGAAACCCUGACCCCUGCACUAAUUCUUCAGCCACACAUUCAUCUGCCAAAUUAUCCAGUUCUUACCCUCGCAGGCAAGUGGCAUUCGCUUUAGAAAAGUUACUUGUUUCCUUUUUAUUGCUGUCCUAUUUCGCCCUUUUUUUAACAAAAGACAGAGAGUUGAGUGUGUAUGAACACAGCAAAAUAAAACGAAGUGGGAAUUAUCCGCUGUCUAAACCUCCAACAUUGGCCUUGGCAGGAGGACUAGCGCCUGCGUACUCCUGAGUCCUUCGACGUGUUUCGCGAGCGCGCAGCGGGGAUGUGAGCGGGGUUUGCCAUGCGCGCACACAAGGAAGCGGCGGGGCCCCGCGUGUUACUGGGGAGACGCGCUCGAGUGGUGCCUCUGCUGAAACUCAGGGACUUUAUUCCAGUUACCAGAGCGAUCAAGGAUCGGUCAAGAGCGGUUCCAGGAACGAACAGAUGGGGCAAGUCCUUGUUCAAGAUACAUGACGGAUCUGCAUGAGCUUGAUGAUCUGUUGAUGUGACCAACACCAUCAUCGUACUCUGUGACCGAAUCUGAUUAAAGGCAGUCAUGUGAUACAAGGUGACGAGGAUGACCAUUACUGAAAGGCUGCGUGAAAAGAUAUCACAGGCAUUCUAUAUCCACGGACUCUUGUGUGCAUCAUACCCCAUUCCCAUUAUCUUUUUCACUGCUGUGUGUAUUUUAACAUGCUGUUAUCCCUUAUUGAAACUACCUCUGCCAGGAACAGGGCCAGUAGAGUUUACAACACCUGUAAAGGAUUACUCCGUGCCCCCAACUGAAGCAAAUCCAGGACACACCGAGCAGACUGAUAGACCGGAUUGGUAUUUUGGACCCCCAGUUGCAUAUAUACAACAGAUAUUUGUAAAAGCCAUCGUAUCCCCUUGGAACAAAAACUUAAUUGCUGUUGAUGUAUUCCGUGCCCCACUCUCAAAAGUGUUUCAGCUCGUGGAAGAAGUAAGAAAUCAUGUCUUUCAAGACAGUACUGGCAUGAAGAGCCUAGAAAAUAUCUGUCUCCAAGUCACUGAUCUACUUCCAGGGUUGAAGAAGUUACAGGGUAUACUUCCAGAACAUGGCUGCCUCCUCAUUUCUCCAGCUAACUUUUGGAAAAACAGUCGUGAUCAUUUUGAUUCAGAUCCAGAUAUUAUUGGCACCAUCCACCAAUACGAGCCUAAGACUCUGCAAACAUCUGCUUCACUCAAAGAUUUGCUGUUUGGUAUACCUGGGAAGCACAGUGGCGUUAACUUGCACAAUCGCAAACAGGUGGUCUCCUAUGCCAUCACUGUCAUCCUGCAGGAGUACCACUCGAGAUUUCUAAAGAGCCUCCGCUUGAGGUUAAGGCAGCUUCAUCCUGGUACUAACAGCACAUUGAGGGAAGAUCAGAUAGUCCACGUCCAUUUUAAGGAGGAAAUUGGCAUUGCUGAGUUAAUUCCUCUGGUCACAACGUACAUCAUUCUUUUUGCAUACAUUUAUUUCUCUACCAGGAAAAUUGACAUGGUGAAAUCAAAAUGGGGUCUUGCACUUGCAGCAGUGGCAACUGUUCUUAGUUCCCUUCUUAUGUCUGUUGGUCUGUGUACACUAUUUGGCCUUACACCUACUUUGAAUGGAGGAGAGAUCUUUCCUUACCUUGUUGUGGUCAUUGGUUUGGAGAAUGUCCUUGUUCUCACCAAGUCAGUUGUCUCCACCCCUGUGGAUCUUGAAGUUAAACUACGAAUUGCACAAGGUUUGAGCAAUGAAAGUUGGUCCAUAAUGAAGAACAUGGCUACUGAACUCAUUAUCAUACUGAUCGGUUACUUCACCCUGGUUCCAGCCAUUCAGGAAUUUUGCCUAUUUGCUGUGGUUGGACUCGUUUCGGAUUUCUUUCUGCAGAUGUGUUUCUUUACAACAGUAUUGUCCAUCGAUAUCCGCCGCAUGGAGCUUGCUGACUUAAAUAAGCGCCUUCCUGCAGAAGCUAUGCAAGAAAUCUCUGAACAAAUGAGAUUGCCUCAUUCCAAGUCAGUUCCGAGGCAGAAGAGAUUCGAGCGACAGCCUACAAUGCAGCCUUCAGCUCCUUAUACCAUCUCCCUGCAACCUUCUUCUUUUAGAAACCUGCGGCUACCGAAGAGACUGAGAGUAGUUUAUUUCUUAGCUAGGACACGACUUGCACAGAGGAUUAUCAUGGCGGGGACUGUCAUAUGGAUUGGGAUCCUUGUAUACACUGAUCCUGCUGGCCUUGGGACACUUCUAACAGCACAGGUGACUGAGCAGAGCCCACUUGGAGAGAAUGGCCUGGCAUCCAUUGCAGUACCGCCAGGUGUUUUCCAAAGGGGAGAUACUAAGGAUGGUUUGCCUGGCUUCCCAUCAGAUGUAAGCCCAGCACUGGAGAACCAGUCACAUGACACAGAUCAGAGCAAGAGCUUCAAUCCUCUGGAAGCUUCACCCAUGAUCUCUCCUGAACGUAUAAAUGAUGAUGGCAAGGAGCAGGUCCAUAGUGAGGCCGGUCACCAGGAAAAUGAUUUCAAAGUGGAAAUUACAUGGGGAGCGCAAGAUGAGGAGAUGUGGCGGAAGCUUUCUUUCCGACAUUGGCCAACACUCUUCAGUUAUUACAAUAACACUUUGGCAAGGAAAUAUGUCAGUAUUCUUCCCAUCAUCCCAGUCUCCUUCCAUCUGAGUCUGCAAGAUGCUCUGGAUGCAAGACACCCUCAAGAUGCAAAGCGAUACCAUUCCAUGUUCCCAGCAGAUUACGGAGAGACAAGAAACAUCAAUGGAGACAGGGCAAAUGAUCCAAAUAAGCAGCAUUCUUCCUCCAAGCCACAUGUUCAUUUGGACAUCACACUUUACAAAGUUGGAGCACUUGGGCUGGCAUCUGGAGUCCUCCUUGUAAUUUUGCUCUUCUGCUUGUAUAAAGUGUUCUGUCCAAAAACUUAUGGCCAGGGUGGUCUUUCUCAUGGGCGAAGGCGACGCGGAGACCUACCCUGUGAUGACUAUGGUUACUCACCACCCAUCAGUGAAACCUUGCCACUAAUUUUGAAGGGACAUUUAAUGGAUAUUGAAUGCUUGGCCAGUGAUGGGAUGUUGUUAGUCAGUUCCUGCCUCUCUGGACAGAUCAGAGUGUGGGAUGCACAAACUGGUGAUUGUCUGACCAUCAUAUCAAACUCAAGGCAAUGGAAGGAUAGCAACAUUUUCCAUGAGCGACAAGAAAGCCGGGAAUAUAUAUCAGAUCCUGAAAAUGGAGAAGACGAUGUAUACGAAAAUGAUUACAAUUUCCCGAGGAAACUGACUCCUACUCAACCCCUUUUCACUGAUCAGCCAGAUUUAUCCAGUUUGAUAGACACCAACUUUGCAGAAAAGUCUGCAGUUCCAAGGCAGCGAAUUAUUUCUGAAAUUUCACGAGAAACUGGCUAUGACUUUGGUCAAACUUAUGAUAAAGCAUAUGAGGAUCAUAAAAUACUGAAUGUGCAGAACUUGAGGAGUUUUCCAUCCCACCCACCAACUUUGAAGUCUUCUCAAACAUCAGUGAGUCUAAAGUCACAGGGUUGGGAUGGCUACUGCAACCACAGGAGGAGGAGUUUAGGAGAUGAGCCAUUCCCUAUGUAUGAGAAAACCUCACCUCUUCCUAUGUGGGACGGAGACUGUGAAAGCUCUGUUUGGAGUUUAGGCAUACAGGGUAAUCUGAUUGCAACAGGAAGAAGUAAUGGGCAACUUGAGGUGUGGAAUGCUACAGAUGGAACACUACGUUGCAGUAAUGAAGACGGUUCAUCAGGGAUAACAGCAUUGGCAUUUAUCACAAACAGAAUUGUUACAGCAAGAUUGAAUGGUUCAUUAGAUUUCUAUUGUUUAGACACCAAUAAGACUUUUAAUCAGCUACAGUACCGAGGAACACCCAACAGGUCUAGCAUCCCCUCAUCGUCAGUUUUUAGCAGUAAUGAUGUCAUAGUUUGUCAGCUGACCCACAUGGUUCAUUGUGCACAUCAAAAGCCUAUUACAGUACUGAAAGCAGCUGCUGGCCGUGUAGUAACUGGUAGUCAAGAUCACACACUCAGAAUAUAUCGGCUUGAGGACUCCUGUUGCCUUUAUACAUUGCAGGGUCACUCAGGAGGGAUCACUGCAGUUUAUAUAGACCAGACAAUGACACUGGCUAGUGGAGGCCAAGAUGGGGCUAUUUGUCUCUGGGAUGUAUUAACCGGAAGUCGACUAAGUCACAUGCAUGGUCAUCGUGGUGAUGUUGUUUCUCUCAUUUGUACCUCAAGUUGUGUGAUCAGUGGUGGAUUAGAUGACAUCAUCUGUAUAUGGGAUCGCAGCACUGGUAUCAAACUCUACUCCAUUCAGCAAGACGUAGGUUGUGGAGCUAGUUUGGGGGUGAUAUCUGACAACCUCCUCGUGACUGGGGGACAAGGCUGCGUCAGCCUCUGGGACAUUGGCUACGGGGACUUGCUUCAAACUGUCUACCUGGGCAAAAGUAAUGAGCUGCAGCUUGUUCGACAGCUGCUGGUCUUGGACAAUGCUGCCAUCGUGUGUGACUUUGGCAGUGAACUUAGCCUCGUUUACUUCCCGUCUGUGCUGGAGAAACUAGACUGAAUGAAGGAGGGAGUUCUAUACUGAUGAGAUUUUGCCUCAAGGAAGAAGCAUUGAUGCAAUUUUCAAUCAUGGUCUUGAGUAUUUGAGUGACUAGAGAUGUGAUACACUGGAUGGUUAGAAGCUCAAGUGCAUGGGGACAGAUCUGCACAAUAUGCUGGGGGUCUUUACUUUGUGUCAGCGAGCAGAUUUUGAUUUUUAUAGUUAAUGUAACAAAGCUUCAGAACUGCAGGCAUGGUGAAGGGCAACAAAUCUGCCCUCAAGCACUUCGUUGACAUAACAAGCACGUUGAAGUUUAGUAAUCAAGCCUGAUUUUAUUUGGUUUUACAAUAUUGCUUCAUGUGAAUUAGACAUAACUGUGACGCAAAGAUAGCACAGAGGUAUUAUUUUUUAAAUUAUUUUUUUAAAUGCAUUAAAGUUUAGGGAAGGAAAGUGCUGUGCAAGAGAUGUUUAAUCAUGCAGAUUGAGCAGUUUUUAGUUGGUAAAAAUAAAGAUAUUGAAUUUGCAAGAAAGCUAAACAAAGAAGAAAAAUUGACAAUACAUAACUGGUUUGACUGUACACAGGGUGAGAAAAAGAGAUGUGGUGAAAUGUUCUCUAAAAUGCCAUCAAAUCAGUUGUUAUGUCAACUUUUGACUAAAUACCUUUUUUGUUUCUCUCAAAAGAAAAAAAAUGAAAUGUUUAAAUACAUACAGCAGAAUGGGGCUUAUUCAUAUCUGAGGACUUCUUAAAUUGAGGCUUCGCCUGUCUGGGUUCAGUCUACCUACUUCAUGGACUGUCUACAUCAAAAUAUUUGCUUGUCUCCAUGUGCUGACGAUCUCAAUGUAAGUCAGACAUUCUCUGUAAUCUUAUUAUGACAGAAUAAUCCCAGUAUAGCUGGCAGAGCUGUUCAGCACUCGCCUAUGUUUCUGCCUCCUAACACUUGUGCAUCAUUAUACCGUCUACAAUCCAUAGAGCCCUUGCUGGACAAAUCUUGCCUAAUAAAUGCUCACAUUUUUUUCAUUCAUUACUUUUGAUCUAAAAGCAGCUUUCUGAAUGAAGCUAUCCAUGUUUAUUGAAAUUGCUGACCAGGGUUGCUCAGGAGUGCAUUCUUUCAGGACAGAAAUUGCUACACUCCUCUGUCUUUAUGGAGUUUGCUGAAUGCAAGUACUGAGUUAAAAGUAGACUAUUAUUGUAGUACCAUAUCUGUGGCAAUUGACAAUACAGUCCCUUCACAGCAAAGGCAAUUCAGCAGCUGUAUUAAUAGUAAUAUAAUCUAAACAUUACGACUGAACUGAAUGUUUUUUCAACAUCUGAAACUGCCAGGAAAUGUUUACCAUAGCCUUUCUGCACAAUUAGAAUCAGAACCUUACAGAUGGUACCUCAUGUGCCUGCUCUCCAAAACAGCUAUUCAAUUAGUACCUUUCCCCAAUUCUUUUCCGAUACAUCUACCUUAAUUUUCAUUUCUAAAGUUUUAUCUAUUUUUCUAAACAAUGAAUUUUCACCAGAUUUCCCCUAAGUCUUCUAUAUUUUGAUGUUUGUUAUUAAAACAACUACAAUAAUUUUAAGUCACAAAAAUACAUGGGAUACCAUUUUAGACAGUUAACUGUUAUCAUUGUUUCAUAAUGCGCUUGCUAUGAAUGGAUUAUUCUGGUUGUUUAAUCAAGUAAUUGGUCGGAGUAUUUAGUAAAAGAUUAUCAAUGUGCAUUUUGUUUUUGCUGCCAUAUGAGAAAUUGAUGGUUGUUUGCAGUCUAUGAAUAUCAUAUUGUUACUGGUAUGUUGCAAAAUAGUGUUUGAAAAUACAAUACUUUGAUUAUGCAGAUAAAGGUAGCCAGACCUCUUUAAGGAUGCUCUUUGAAUCAUGAGGGUAUAAGCUGAAUCUAUUAUCCUUUUUUUUCCCACAUCCUCCAUGCUUCCUGGUCACCAUCUUGUCAGGAUAUGUGUGCACAGUUAAGAUGAGUGAUGGAUAAAUGAGUAAUAUUGCUGAAAUUCUGUAAUCACCCUGAUAACCAACAGCUCAGUAUUUUCUCCCCAACCAGCUGCAAAAGCAGUCUCCCAUAACUCGGUUUAGUUGCACUUUUAAUUUCUUGGAACAAUUAAUUUUCAUGCAUAUAAAGAAAUACUAAAUUAGUGGAAGAGAGAAUUAAACAGUUUUCAAAUUCUGUAUCAAUGAAAACUUAAUCAGCACUAUUAUCUGCCUGCUUAAUUCAAAAUAUUUAUUGUUUUUAUGUUAUUUUAAAGAUUGUCUGUAAUGCAUCAAGUUGAUGUCACUUAUUUAUAAGGAAUAACUGUAAAAGGUGAAGAAGCGUACUGGAAAUUUGUCCCAUAUCACACUACUGAUAGGUUGUUGGUCAGAAUCGUUGCUUGGAUACUUCAGCCAAUUGUGGGCGGGAGGCUGGAGGAGAUUUCCCACUCAACCAGUGGGGCAUCAUACCAUGUUUGUUUUUCUAGUUUUCUAUUUGUUUCCCUAUAGCUCUGUAUUUUUUUUUACUCCAUACACUAUUUUCAUUCACUUCUCCAGGUCCUUUAGUUCUCUUUCACUUCUCUGUCCUACUUCAACAGAUGGAGUUCAACCCGGAGAAGUGUGAGGUGGUACGCUUUGGAAGGACAAACUCCAAGGCAGAGUACAAAGUAAAUGGUAGGAUACUUGGUAGUGUGGAGGAGCAGAGGGAUCUGGGGGUACAUGUCCACAGAUCCCUGAAAGUUGUCUCACAGGUAGAUAGGGUAGUUAAGAAAGCUUAAGGGGUGUUAGCUUUCAUAAGUCAAGGGAUAGAGUUUAAGAGUUGCGAGGUAAUGAUUCAGCUCUAUAAGAUUCUGGUUAGGACACACUUGGAGUACUGUGUCCAAUUCUGGUCGCCUCACUAUAGGAAGGACGUGGAAACAUUGGAAAGGGUACAGAGGAGAUUUACCAAGAUGCUGCUUGGUUUAGAGAGUAUGGAUUAUGAUCAGAGAUAAAGGGAGCUAGGGCUUUACUCUUUGGAGAGAAGGAGGAUGAGAGGAGACAUGAUAGAGGUAUACAAGAUAUUAAGAGGAAUAGAUAGAGUGGAUAGCCAGCGCCUCUUCUCCAGGGCACCACUGCUCAAUACAAGAGGACAUGACUUUAAGGUAAGGAAUGGGAAGUUCAAGGGGGAUAUUAGAGGAAGGUUUUUUACUCAGAGUGGUUGGUGCGUGGAAUGCACUGCCUGAGUCAGUGGUGGAGGCAGAUACACUAGUGAAAUUUAAGAGACUACUAGACAGGUAUAUGGAGGAAUUUAAGGUGGGGCGUUAUAUGGGAGGCAGGGUUUGAGGGUCGGCACAACAAUGUGGGCUGAAGGGCCUGUACUGUGCUGUACUAUUCUAUGUUCUAUAUGUUAACUCCUUUUUUCCUGAGCAUCUUUCUCUUUUUUUUCCAUUUCUAUUUUGGUCCAUGCAUUCCUCCAUCUUCCCUUUUACAAUUUUUGUCCCUCUAGCCUCUGUUUUGCACUUCAUAGCAUUGCUGAUGAGUUUGGGAAUUUGGAACCAAGUAGGGGUAUUAAACUUGCUGCUGUAUUGAGGUUUUUUUAAAGUUACAGACUCUUUUUAUUCAAAACCGAGAGAUUGUUUCAUAUUUAAAGACAGAAUGAUGUUAGAAUUUUUAAAAAGAAAAAAUGCAUUUGUUAUGAUUUUUGGAUGUACUAAUACCAUGCUUAACUGAGAGGAUUCUAAACACACACUUUUCUCCUUCUGAUCAAUGGAAUAUUUCUUUUUAGGUUUCCAUCUGAAUAGGUCUCUUGAAUAUAAAUAAAUUACCUGCAGCCUCUCUUCUGUUUUGUUUUUAAGUUUUAGAGAUUGGUAGAAAGUCAAAAUUAGAAAAAUGUACAGAACCAAAGAAUAUUUCUUAAUUUUUUUUGGAACAAACUUAAUAAAAAAUGUAAAUAUUGAUUUAAUCUGUUUUUAUACUAAGAUGCGCUAAGUGGUUUAUUUUUAGUUUGCAAUUUAUUUUCCACUUUUCUCCUCUCCCAAAGAAAUAAAAGUAUUCCCUGUUACUGGAAAAUGAUUCAGGGGGUGUUAUCCUUGCCCGAUUUGCUUGUAGUUAAUGAACCUGCCAUGGAUUAAGAGAUAAAGUAUGAGUUACAGAUCUCUAGCACUCUUGGUCAAAUUACAGCUUUAGUAAUGUUUUGAGUGUUUGGUUGAUAAAUUAAUGAGUAGGUGUUCCAUUCAGAAACAUUGAACUUGUGGGUUCUAAUACAACUGAGGCAUUAGGGAAGGUAUUUAGUGGAUAUAAGUGGAAUAAUGCUGGAGGUCACUACCAAGAAAUGGAGUUAGGAACCAGGUAAGUAGGUUAUGUAAAGCACAAAGACUUGCCCAAGUCAGAUUCUUAGAGCCUAGCAGACAAUGCAAUGAAAGUUGAUUCAUUAAUGUACCAUUAUUGAACUGUAGGCCCAAAACAAAAUGUUUGUUAGACUGCAGACUGUUCAACCUGCUCUUCCAGGCAUCAACCAAGUUCACUGAUCCUAUUCCUCUCAUUUGUGUCCAUCUCUGAACAGACUCAAGGGAUCUGAAUUAAGUUAAUAAAAUGGGAAGAAUGGCUGUUAGAAUCUUAGAGAAGGUGGUGUUUGUGUGGCAGGAUAAAGAAAAGUAGGAAACAAAUAUCAUCAAAGUACCUGAGCCUGCAGUUUAAAACCAUUAGCCAAUUAGUCCCACUCUUUUUCCUCAAAGCAUUGCUAACUUUUACUUUUCAAAUGUAUAUCUGGGCUAUCUGACCUAUCAAACCCCAUCUGUGAAGACAUUGUCAACUUACUGUGUCAUGAACUGGGAUCUCUUUCCUUUUUGCUAGAAGUAUGUAAUCAGGUUUUUAAAAAAUCAUAUUCAUGUAAUAGCCACUAGUAUUUUUUGAGAUGAACUGUAUAUGGGGCCUCUGUGAUAUCAGCCUACUUGCUUAACACUCAGUCAUGGUGAAGUCAGUUUUUUAACCUCUGGGGAUAGAACAAAGAUAUGGCCUUCACUUUCAUCUACUGCUACAAACAUCAUUCUCUCUCCGUUAAUGUAUCCAUCUGCUUGAGAUUUUCUGCACAAACUUUUAUUCAUGUACUUCACCCUGAGAGAUUGACUAUCAGCAUAGCCUGCAACCUUACUCUGCAUAAAUACAGCCAGUGAGUUGUGAUAUUUAUGUCUGAAAGGCAGUGUAUUUUUCCAUGUGUUUUCAUUCUUCAUUUGCAUAUAUUUCAGGUGCUGGAAUAUAUGGCAACACAAGGGCUGCCCCGAGCACAUCCUGGUUGUUAACACAAAUAACACAUUUCACUCUCUGCUUUGAUGUACAUGUGUCAAAUAAAUUUGAACCUUGAACUUCACUGUGUUUACCUUUUCCCCCAAUAGUGUCGUUUUUAACCUUAGUACAUUCAAUUCCCUACUAUUCUCAAAGAAUCAUAGUUAUAG